AUGACGUGCGCUGGUGCAGAGGGAGUGGGGGCUGCGGGCCGGGCUCUUUGCACGGGCUCCUAAUCCUCUUGUUUCGGAACCGUCAGCAGAUGUGGCUCCUCUCAGCCGAAUAAUCCGUUAAAGGAAUAAUAAUUUUUUUAAAAAAAGGAGAUCGACCUCACCCUGGGAGGACUAGGAACGAGAUGGGGCUUGUAGAUCUACGGCCUUUCGUGGGGCUGGCUGUGAUGCUGCGAACUGCAAACAGUCUCGCAAAAAGGAAGACAAAAAGAGGAAGACCUUGGGUGGACGCCGGAACAAAGCACCGUGGGCUCUUGGCGAGACGAACGCGCUGGAGCGGUGGCUCUGGACACGGACAGACACAAGCGAUCCCGCGGACGCCCGCCCUGCGCGCAGACCUCUCGGGCGACAGGACUGCAUCAGGAGAGUUGCGUGAGGCCGAUUCCCAGAUCCCGGCCCGGACCCAGAGCUCUCCCCCGCGGCACGCCCGGUCCGGCUGCGCUUGGACCCGGAGAUCCAGGAAAAGGCCUGGAUGCGGGAGAACAAAGAGCCUUUGGAAGACGUCGCCGUUAUCUCAUUGUCUGCGCGAUUGGGGGAGCUGCGUCCGGCUCCAGGAUGCACCCAAAACCGAAACCCUAAGGCGCGAGGGACGCAGGAAACCGGGCACCCUGAACGCGGGGCCGCCGCCAACGGGAGGGACGGCCCGGAGCGCCCGUCUCCUUUUCCGCGGACCUGCGUUACCCCUGCUUGCUCUGGAGCCACUCAGCCUGGAAGACCACGUUAGAGGAAGUGUAAGCUUCCCCUCUCCCUCAGUGCCUCCAGACUCCUCUGAAGCCAUUUUUAGAGCAGCAUUUCUCCACCCGAAGAAGCCGAGGUGCUUCUGCCUCUGGAGCUUCCGUCCUUUCCCCUGCCACUCCUGUCCUCCCCGACCCUAACCACAAUGUCAUAAAACUACAGAAUCCAUAGGACACCCAGAUUCAAAGGGUGUGCUCAGAGGAGGGAAGCCGAGAAGCGUCUGAAAGGGCUAGGCCUCCUCUGCAGGCCCUGGGUCCACCAUGCAGGAGCCUGCUGUAGGAGCUGGGUACUGCAGCCUUAGUAAUGAGGUGAUUUCUUGCCUCCCGGUUUUCUGUGUGCCUUGCGUGCACGGGUGCACGGAAGGAAGCAGUUCUCAAGGCUGGCGCUCUGGAAACCGGAAAAUAAAUAGAAAUUACAGCGACAGCAGAAUCCUCCUUUGUCUGCCUGCCCUCUUUCCCGUGUUGGAAAGUGCUUUUGAUGCCUUCCUGCACCCUGUCAGCCUCCUGAGCAGCCCUGUAGCAAGCAAACCGUAGCGUCCGCUUCAUAACCGGAUGGGGAGAAGAGAAAAUGUCAGAGCAGCUGGCUUUGCUGCCCUCCCUCCGGGGCCACCUGGAGGCUUCCCUGCCGGCCUGGG